UUCAAAACAUUCCAUUUUCUCCUUUUGUUCUUCUUCUCUCUACUAUAGCUCAUAAAGUGAUCUACAUUUUUUCUUUAUCAUUACGUGCUACACUAUGCCUUCAAGAAUCUCAGAUUCUUUUAGAGCUCAUCACUCUCAAAAAUACUUCGACUUGAAUUUAAUAAAAGAAUUGCCAGAAUCCCAUGCAUGGACAUCAUCAUCUGAUGAUCAUUAUGCUUCAGAAAACUCACGUGAUUUCGAUUCUAUUCCAGUUAUCGACCUAGACAAUAACAAUAAUGUUCUUGAACAUAUAGGUCAUGCAUGUAAGAAAUGGGGUGCGUUUCAAAUUAUAAAUCAUAGUAUACCAGAGAAGCUACUACAAGCUAUUGAAGUGGCAGGACAAAGUCUUUUUUCACUACCUAUGCAGCAAAAGUUAAAGGCAUCUCGUUCUCCUGAAGGUGUCACUGGCUAUGGCGUAGCUCGAAUAUCCUCUUUUUUUCCAAAGCUCAUGUGGUCUGAAGGUUUCACCAUUGUUGGAUCCCCAAUUGAACAUGCUCGGCAACUUUGGCCUAAAGAUUACAAGAAAUUCUGUGAAAUAAUAGAAGAAUACGAAAAGGAAAUGGAAAAGCUAGCAGGAAGACUCAUGUGGCUUAUGCUUGGGUCAUUGGGUAUAACCAAGGAAGAUGUGAAAUGGGCUUUUGGCCCAAAAGGAGGAUGUGCUGCCCUACAACUGAAUUCUUACCCGGCAUGUCCAGAUCCGGGUCGGGCCAUGGGUCUUGCAGCACAUACGGAUUCUACCAUAUUAACAAUACUACAUCAAAACAACACAAGUGGUCUACAAGUUUACCAAGAAGAGAGCAGUGGUUGGGUCACUGUCCCUCCAAUACAAGGUGCAUUAGUAGUUAAUGUAGGUGACCUUUUACACAUACUCUCAAACGGGUCAUACCCGAGUAUCUUACAUCGAGCUAUUGUGAACCGGACCCAACAUCGCCUUUCUGUAGCCUAUUUAUAUGGUCCAUCAUCAGGGGUGAGAGUUUCACCCUUGUCGAAAUUGGUGGAUCAAAAGCACCCGCCCUUGUAUAAGGCGGUUACAUGGAGUGAAUAUUUGGGCACUAAGGCCAAACAUUUUGACAAGGCACUUUCAUCAGUACGGCUUUGUGUCCCUCUAAGUGGAUUUACUGAUGCCAAAGAUCAUAAUGGGGUACAGGUUGGUUAAACUCAUCACUAGACGCACCUCUAUUUGAUUUUUUAUUUUUUUUUCUGAAACAAAAUAUAAAUAUAUUUCUCUUUUCUCUCUCUCUUGUUCCUUUUAACUCCAUUGGAGGAAUGUUGUUAAUAUUUUUGGGAGAGAAGAGAAUAUAGAUUAUAUAUUUUUAUCAAUCUCUAUAUUGUAUUUCAAAAGGUACUAGUGCAAAAUAUCGGACAUUAUGUUUAGGGCCGAAUUUACUUAUUCAAUAGAAUGUAGUGUUGAUUUCUCUGACGAA